AUGCAGUUCUUCAAGCUCGCUCUUGCCGCCGUUUCUAUCGGCUCGGCCAUCGCCGCCCCUGCCCCCAAGCAGGUCCAGGCCCGCGACACCGCUGUCGUCACCAUCAGCAGCGCUGUCAGCAGCGUCAAGGCCCUCGUUGAGGCCGAGCUCUCCAACAUUGAGUCGGUCCUCGCCAACGUCGUCACCGACGACGUCGUCCCUCUCGUCAACCUUGCCCUCGGCAACAUCGUCUCCGAGGUCGAUGGCCUUGUCUCCGACAUUGUUCCCAUGGUCACCGGAAUUGUCUUCCCCCUCGUUGAGGGUGAGGUCGAGAACGUCCCUGCCCUCUUGACUGAGGUUGAGGGUCUCGUCGCUGACAUCGACUCCACUAUCAACAAGCUCCUGGCCGCUGUCGUUGGUGAUGUUCUGGACGCCGUCAAGCCUGAGGUCAAGGCUGUCCUCGAGCUCGUCUCCCCUCUGUUGGCCCCUGUCCUUGGUCUUGCUCAGGGUGUCCUCAGCACUGCUACCGGCCCCGUUGUCUCUGAUGUUUCUGGCCUCGUUGGCAACAUUGAGGGUGUUGCCGGCGGUAUCCUCGCCCCCGCCACCGGUGUCCUCGCCAAGGUUCUGUAA